AUGUGCAAGCUUCACUCUUUGUUCUUCCUUCUAUUUUCAAUCUUCUCCUAUAUUAAACUCUCUAAAGGAUCCCAGCCAAUUUCGAAAACAAUAACAGUUGAUCUCAACGGUCUUGCUGAUUUCAAUACCAUUCAAGAUGCCAUCAACUCUAUACCAGAUAGCAACAAUGAAUGGAUCAAAAUCCACAUAAAUCAAGGGACUUACACAGAGAAGGUCACCAUUCCAUACCAAAAAAGCUAUAUAAUUCUUGAAGGCGAUGGAUCAAAUGAAACUUUCAUUCAGUGGGGUGAUCAUGAACCAAUAAUUAGACCGGAUUUGGAUGCAGAUAUCAAAAUCUCUUGGAACACUGCGACUUUUCUCUCUCUUGCAGAUAAUGUUAUUCUCAGUGCACUCACUUUUAAGAAUACAUAUCAAGAUUUGGAUAACCCACAAAAUGCGGUAGCUGCUCUCAUAAAUGGUGAUAAAACCUCAGUAUAUGGUUGUAGCUUCAUUGGAAUCCAAGAUACUUUAUCCGACCUUUGUGGACGACAUUAUUUCAGAGACUGUUCUGUUGAAGGAAUUGUAGACUUCAUUUUUGGUUACGGACAGUCCAUUUACGAGGGUUGCACACUAAAUACGGUGUCUAGCGGUGUGCCUGUGGGUUAUGUAACUGCACAAGGAAGGCAGCAAAGCAAUGACCCAAAUGGAUUUGUGUUCAAAAAUUGCCAUAUAGGGGGUUCUGCAGAGGCAUAUCUAGGGAGAGGAUGGGGAAAUUAUUCAAGGGUUUUAUUUUACCAAACCUACAUGGAAAAUAUUAUUGUUCCUAAAGGGUGGAUAGAUUGGAGAGCUGGGUAUGGUGGGAAUUUCACGACUUUCGCAGAAUCUGACUGUAUUGGACCUGGUUCAAACACUUCAGGCAGAGUAAAAUGGGAGAAGGAACUCAGUGAUGACGAUGUUAAGAAGCUUACAAGCAUAUCAACCUUUAUUAAUUCUGAUAAUUGGCUUGACCAACAACCAAAUGACUAUGGCUAUACUUCUGAUUGAAGUAUUCAUAAAGGAAUGUUGUGUGUAGAUAUUAAGAUUACACCGUGUGGUACAUAUAGCAUUAUAUGCGAGUAUAGUCAAUAGUGUACUAUUCAAUCUAGAGAGGAGAUUGUUUUCUGCUUAACAUUUGGAUCAUAUUAUGGUGCAAGUAUAUUUUGAUUCUUCUUGUAUGUAAAUUAAAAUUUAUAAAGAUUUUAAAGA